UGAAAUUCUCAUCUCUGUUCUCUAGCUCUAGCUACUACAAGCCACAUCAUCUGAAAAGUGUGCGAAUGAUGCAAUCAAGAAAAGCAAAAAGUUUCUUAUAUUAUAUUGCUCUUUCGAGACGUUGGAACAGAUUGUCAAUACGGUUGUCAACAUUUAUUUUUCCUUUCGGACGUGAGGUUAAUUUGUUUUUGAUAACCAGCAGUUUUGUGUUAUUUGUUUUCUACGUAGUUUGGACAGCUUAUUUUCAAAAGGAUGCGUUGGAUGUAGUGCACCCUAAUAUUUCGGGAAUGGAAGGACAAAAUCAAUUUUCAGUUCAAGCAAGGGAAAGUGUUAAAUCGACAAUAAAGGGAUUGAAAUCCGAAAAAGAGAUGCUGGAAAGAUACGUAAACGAGAGACAAAAUUUUAGUAAAAAUUUGUUGUUUGAAGCUGGUAAAAUCCGUAAACCACUGACUGAAAGGAUUGCAGGAAAAGUAAAAUUAGAACAAAGGCAAGAAAAGAAUAAAAAUUUUCAAAGGGAAAAAAUUGAAAAAAAAAGCGUUUUCCGUUAUUUCACGGACAGCCAAGAAUAUUCUGACAAUGAGCUUGCAUCAAGCUUAAGUGGCAGUCUUUAUCCUGGAGCGGAAUAUUAUACCCAAUUUUCCGUUGCCCGACUAGAGAUGUCAGCACUGAUUGGAAUCGGAUCAGUACAUCCUGGUUUCGGUCCCGUCAUUAACGACGUUUUGUCCUUCCAAUACCCUAUUUGCAUUUCAUCUUGUCAUGAUUUUAUAUCUUCCAAUACUAGUAUUUUUAUCGCUGUGAUAUCAGCGCCUUCCAAUUUCCAGAAGCGAAACUUAAUUCGACAGACAUGGAAAAAUCAUUUGAAAGUUUUACAUCAGGAGGGUUUGUUGGAAAUAGCUGGUUUCGGAUUUAUUUUAGGACUAACAGAUAACAGUGUUAUUCAAAGCAAAAUUGAAGAAGAAAGCAAAAUAUAUGGCGAUUUAAUGCAAAUCAGAAUAUCAGAUUUUUAUCGGAAUUUAUCUCUAAAAGUCGCCGGCCUACUAAACUGGUUGUACAGAAUGUGUGCCAAUAUUGACUUUGUUCUGAAGGUUGACGACGAUGUCUAUGUCAACGUACGAAACUUAGCGCAAUUUGUUCAUACUUAUCGACAGUUCAGUCACAGUGUGUUUGGUGCUGGAGACCCCAAUGGGGGUUGGCCUGAUCGAGAUGGUAAAUGGGAAAUAUCCUACGAGGAAUGGCCAUGGAUCGAUUAUCCUCCAUAUUUUUUGGGGGCUGCCGUUCUAAUGCAUGGGAGCACAAUCGUUCCCUUAUUGGCUGCUUGUCAAACUACACCAAUGAUGCCCUUUGAUGAUGUUUACCUAUAUGGUAUAUGUACCGAAAAGGCUAACAUAACGCUUCAUCAUUCUUCAGGACCAACUAGUGUCAUACUUGGGCUGAUACUUUGGGUACCCACCACAUGUGAGCUGCGUAACCUUAUAGCUUGGCGUAUAAACAGUGAUGAUAUGGCAAAAUUUCAAGAAAAUAUGGAGAUAUCCCACAGAAAAGUCGACAACUUCUAUCACAACAAUACUCAGUGUGUUAUAACUUCCGAUUUCGGCAUAAAAACCACAAUUGACUACACUAAAUCAGUCAAUUUUUUUUUUACUACUCCCUGAGAAGAGUAAUUUGUAAUCUCAUUGACUCCACGAUAUUGUGUCUAAAAAAAUAUAGACACAGUGUCUCAUGACGAAAUGGAUGCAUUUCCCUACACCAUUCCCUUUGUUGCCUAGCAACCUCUACGCCCCUCGAUUUUCUAAUCCCUUUUCAAGGUUUUCAGAGAAAAAACUGUAACAAUGGAUUUGUUUUAAUCAAUUAUAAAGGAGUAAUAAAAUUUUUUAUUUGAAUAAACCCCGGGUUGGGGCAAGUUUAUACAUUGCAACAUGGGGCGAGUUACAUACUAUACAUAU